UAGGAUUGGAAACCACUCUGUUUUGAUUUUGCAUUCAUUGCGUGGAGUAACAAAAUAUCCACUAACUGAACUGAAUAGGAUACCCGACUCUCAUUCGACUGAAAAUGUAUAAACUACAGUUGUUGCGUCUGUUUUUAAAUGAUCGUUUAACGGCGGCUGCUGUGGAGAUUUUCGGGGCAGUUGAGAAAACGGUAGUGGAGUACCAGGAGGAGAAUGAUCGGCUACGGAGUCUGCUGCGGAUCACACCAGAGAUACCGCUAUGUAGAAUAGACUCCCUGCAGCUCUCUGUCUCUGAAGAGGAGGUUCCCCCUGAGCAGGAGUGGAGCCCCAGUCUGGGACAGGAGGACCCAGAGCCCACACAGAUGAAAGGGAAACAAGAGGAAAUUAGGACCAAUCAGGAGGCAGACCAGCUUCCAGGGCUGGAGGCUGAUGUCAUAGAAUUCAUUUUCACUCCUUCCUGUGUGAAAAGUGAAUGUGAUCUGGAGGACCCACUUUGGUCCUUGACUCUUCCCCAAACCAAGACUGUGGAGAACAGAGAGAGUCACUCUAAACCAGUGGAUCUGAAACCUUUUGGCACUGUGACCCAUAUUAAGGAUCUUCACAUUCCCUGUUUAUCGCCAUAUAAUCAAAGCAAUGCCUCCAGCCACAGUUCAGCCAUAAGCAGUGACCCAGUAGGACUUGACAUCAGCCCACCAUUAGAUCCAAACACGUCAAUGGGGGAACACGGUUCCAAACCCAGCACCACGUCUAGAAAAACUCCCCACUGCCGKGACUGUGGUGAAACGUUUCCUCUGAAAGCUGACCUGCAGAGGCACGUGACUCUUACCAAGAAGAGACUCAGCGAAUGUCACUUCUCCAAUAAACAGUACAACUCCACCUGUAAACCGGAAGCCCAUGUCCAACUCUGUCACAUGGAGAAAUGCUGCACUUGCCCUAUUUGUGGCAUGACCUUCAAACACAAGGGAGAUCUAUCCAGGCACAUGGGUAUUCACACAGGAGAGAAACCAUUUAUCUGUGGUGUCUGUGGAAAAAGCUUCUAUCAGAAGGGACACCUUACAGAUCAUAAACGGACUCACACAGGAGAGAAACCAUUUAGCUGCGGUGACUGUGGGAAAAGCUUCAAUCUGAAGGGGAACCUAAGGAAGCAUAAACUGACUCACACAGGAGAGAAACCAUUUUGCUGUGGUGACUGUGGGAGAAGCUUCAGUCUCAAUAUGAACUUAACCAGGCAUAAACUGACUCACACAGGAGAGAAACCAUUUAGCUGUGGUGACUGCGGGAAAAGCUUUACUCAAAAGACUAACCUGCUGACGCAUGUGAAAAACAUACACAAAGGAGGAAAGCAGGAUGAAAAUUAGGACAAAGAUGUUCUGUCAGAAGAUGGGAAUUAAAAGGCAGGAUGUGGACAACACUUUUAAGUAGGGCUGGUAUAUACAGUGGGGCAAAAAAGUAUUUAGUCAGCCACCA